UAUCUAGAAGAUGUUCAGGAUCAAGAUAUUCGUCAAAAAUUGCAAGAAACUGUGGGUGUAGUAACACAAUUUCAGCAAGACAAUAGUGCAGAAAUGAUGAAUGAUUUACACUUAUUUAAUAAGUUCAGACCGCUAUAUGCAUUUACAACUGAAAUAAAACAACGUAUGCAUAGGAAAGUUAGAUAUGCAAAUGGUUUUGGAAAGAUUAAAAAGGCCCUUAAUUUGGUACUUGAUUUAAACUGUGAAGAUGAAUUUAUUGAUAUGGUUAAUAGUUUUAUUAAUCACAAGAAAACUACAGAAAAAACAUCACAUCACAGCUCUGGAAAUAGCGCCAUCAAUCCACUGGAUCCCAAUUUGUAUGUACGUAAUAAUACAAAUGAUGAAAGCGAAAUAGGUCUAUAUAGCUCCGAUUCUAUUGUUCAGAAAAAACGUGGACGUCUACCAAAAUCAGUAUCAGAAGAAAAGCUUAUCCAAAGUAGCUCAGAGAAUAGCAUAUUGAAUCUACCUGAUUCUGAAUUAAAUGUAUCAAAUGCAUGUACACAGCUGAUGCAAAUUUCACAACAACAAUAUGCACUUAGAAAUACUGUUCGUACUCUUAAUAACGAUAACAUUUAUGUCAAAGAAAAUAUUAGCAUAUCACGUGAUCCGGUGAUAUCACCAGCGGUUAUAGUUAGCAAAAUUCAUGGUAAUUGGUAUUUAGCAUCAAAAUUAGAAAAAGGAUCACACAACACUAUGAUGCAUAGCAUUUAUAAAGAUGCUAAAUUAGAUUUUAAAGAUUAUUGUAUUACUAAUCAUUCUAUGCAAUCUACAGGUAUUCAUAAUCUUGUAGAAUUAGGUAUUACAUUGGAUGAACAAAUGAUUUUUUCUUGA